GGAAGAGCAGAAGGAGGGGGGACCUGUCGUGUGCGUCAGUAAGUCAAACAUGUUCCAAUAACGGGCUGUAUUAUCUGCUGCUAUUUGCAGUUUGCUGUAGCCAGGCGCCAGACUAGAGCUGGAGAAGGAGAGAAAAAAAAGCGCUUUUCUUAUUACUCCUCGGCGAUGGAAACGAUCUCGAAAGGAUUGACACCUGCAUGGCAGCUGGCCGAACAAAGGAGUCUAACCCCUGCCCUUGGCACUACACUAAACACCAUGCCAAAGACAACACACUGAACUGAUCUGAACCUCAGCUCCAAGAGGAUCCAGGAUGGCAGGAGGUGUAAGAAAGAUGGAAAGAAGGCUGAGGUUGUAUUUGAGGCUGUUAGCAUUGGCUUUGUUACUGGGAUGCUUGGAAGACCAGGUUGGGGUCAACGCCCAGAACAAUGAGAGAAGGGUGUUGGCACAUAUUCCUGGUGAUAUCAUCAUAGGAGCUCUGUUCUCUGUCCACCACCAACCGCCUGCAGACAAGGUGCAUGAGCGAAAAUGUGGCGCAGUGCGUGAGCAGUAUGGGAUCCAGAGAGUGGAGGCCAUGAUGCACACUCUGGAUCGCAUUAAUGCAGACCCCACCAUCCUUCCGAAUAUCACCCUGGGCUGCGAGAUCAGGGACUCAUGCUGGCACUCUGCGGUGGCACUGGAACAGAGUAUAGAGUUCAUUAGGGACACGCUGGUGUCCAAUGAAGAGGAGGAGAGCCAAGGCAGAUGUAAUGCAGAAGCAGGAAGCUUACUUCUUCAGGGGAAGAAGCCCAUAGUGGGACUGAUCGGACCAGGAUCCAGCUCUGUGGCCAUACAAGUGCAAAAUCUCCUUCAGCUCUUCAACAUCCCACAGAUUGCAUACUCAGCCACCAGCAUGGAUCUCAGUGACAAGAGCCUGUAUAAAUAUUUCAUGAGAGUGGUACCAUCAGAUAUGCAACAGGCCAGAGCUAUGGUGGACAUUGUCAAGAGAUACAACUGGAGCUACGUGUCUGCAAUACACACUGAGGGUAAUUAUGGUGAGAGCGGUAUGGAGGCAUUUAAAGACAUGGCGGCAAAGGAGGGGAUCUGCAUCGCCCACUCUGAUAAGAUAUACAGCAACGCAGGGGAACAGAACUUUGACAAGCUGCUGCAGAAACUACGAGGCCAUCUGCCCAAAGCCAGGGUGGUGGCCUGCUUCUGCGAGGGCAUGACAGUCCGAGGCAUACUGAUGGCCAUGAGACGACAGCGCCUGGUGGGAGAGUUUGUGCUCGUGGGAAGUGACGGCUGGGCUGACAGGUAUGAUGUGACCAACGGCUACCAGAGGGAAGCAGCAGGUGGAAUCACAAUAAAGCUGAAGUCGGCCUAUGUGACCUGGUUUGAUGAUUAUUACCUGAACCUGAAGCCUGACGCCAACCUGAGAAACCCCUGGUUCCCCGAGUUCUGGCAGCACCGCUUCCAGUGCCGGCUGAGGGGACAUCCACAGGACAGCGCCACGUACAACCGCACCUGCACCUGGAGAGAGUCUCUGCGCCAUCAAUACGCCCAAGACACCAAAAUGGGCUUUGUCAUAAAUGCCAUUUACUCCAUGGCUUAUGGGCUACAUGCCAUGCAGGAAGCCCUCUGUCCAGGAUAUAAGGGUUUGUGUGAGUCCAUGCGGCCCAUCGACGGCCGCCAGCUACUGGAGUUCCUGAUGAGAACCAACUUUACUGGUGUAUCUGGAGAGGUCAUCCACUUUGACCAGAAUGGAGACUCACCUGGAAGGUAUGAAAUCAUGAACUUCAAGCACAUAGGCGAGGAUGAAUAUGCGUACAUCCAUGUGGGAAGCUGGGAUCAAACUGGCCUAAAGAUGAACGAUGAGGAAAUUUGGAGUAACGACAGCGACAUCAUCCAGUCAGUCUGUUCUGAGCCCUGCAAGAAGGCACAAAUCAAGGUGAUCCGUAAAGGAGAGGUGAGCUGCUGCUGGACCUGCACUCCCUGCAAGGAGAAUGAGUUUGUGUUUGACGAGUACACUUGUCAGGCCUGCACCCUGGGCUCCUGGCCGACAGAUGACCUCACUGGUUGUGAGCCAAUCCCAGUGCAGUAUGUGCGUUGGGGGGACCCAGAGCCAAUCGCUGCAGUCGUCUUCGCCUGUCUGGGCCUCAUGGCUACUCUUUUUGUUACUUCUGUCUUUAUCAAGUUUUGGGACACUCCUGUGGUCAAAUCAUCCAGUCGUGAGCUCUGCUACAUAAUCCUGGCUGGAAUAUGUCUGGGCUACCUGUGCACUUUCAGCCUUAUCGCCAAGCCACACAUUGUUUACUGCUACCUCCAGCGGCUGGGAAUCGGCCUGUCCCCUGCCAUGAGCUAUUCUGCUCUGGUCACUAAGACCAACCGUAUAGCACGGAUCCUGGCAGGCAGCAAGAAGAAGAUCUGCACCAAGAAGCCGCGCUUUAUGUCCGCCUGCGCACAAUUGGUCAUCGCCUUCCUACUCAUACUGCUGCAGCUGGGAAUUAUUGUGGCACUUCUUAUCAUAGAGCCACCACAGGUGAUCUAUGAUUACCCCAGUAUCCGGGAAGUACACUUGAUUUGCAAUCUGACCACUCUGGGGGUGGUGGCACCACUGGGCUACAAUGGCCUGCUUAUCCUCAGCUGCACCUUCUACGCCUUCAAGACCCGUAAUGUACCUGCAAAUUUUAAUGAGGCCAAGUACAUUGCCUUUACCAUGUACACCACCUGUAUCAUCUGGUUGGCCUUUGUUCCUAUUUACUUUGGCUCCAACUACAAGAUCAUAACCAUGUGCUUCAGUGUCAGCCUCAGUGCCACAGUGGCUCUCUGCUGCAUGUUCGUCCCCAAGGUGUACAUCAUGCUUGCCAAGCCUGAGAAAAAUGUCCGCAGCGCUUUCACCACGUCCACGGUUGUGCGCAUGCAUGUCGGCGACGCGAAGAAAGCAGCCAAGACCGGCAAAUCCUCGAGCAGCAUGGCCAACUUGUUUCGACGCCGAGGCUCUGGACAGGACAACAUAAGUUCCAAUGGGAAGUCAGUGACGUGGACACAGAAUGAACGCAGCUACAGACCAAACCUGUGGAAGAGGAUGUCGUUCCACGUCAAGAAGAAGGACCCAGUCGAGGUGAAUCAGACAGCCAUCAUCAAGCCCUUCUCUAAAGGAGGAGACACACCUGCAGACAGCGGUGUCAAAGAGCAGUUUGAAGAGCCACAAGUUUCUCCGUCUUUCACCUGCUCGCCCUCCCAGUCACCUCUGCCCACCAUCAGCCAGCAUGCAGCAAAGGCCAGGAGCCUCCAGGGAGAAGAGGAUGGCGAGGACACACAAGUUCUACCCACCUAUGUACCCGAGCACCCUGCUGGGGUCAGAAAAAGAGGCGGGGACUCCAACCAGGGUGUUGGUAUGGUGGAUGGUGGGGACAUCAGCAUCAUAGGCGUGGGUGACAUCGGCAUAGGGAUGAUUGGCGGCCAGGCUCAGGGCACCACCAUCAUGGACCAAAUUAGUUGUGUGGUCAACCGUUUCACCGCCAACAUCAGUGAGCUCAACACCAUGAUGCUGCCAGGUGGAGCCACUGUCAGCGCCACCUCCACCACCGCCCUGCCUGCUGCUGCUGCUGCUGCUGCUGCUGCUGCUGCUGCUGCUGCUGCAGACAGCACCCCCUGUCCACCUCAGUACCUCACAUCCAGGAGCAGACAGGCUGCCUCCACUGUCACCACGUAUGCCGAGGUGACGGCCGUCUCCAAUUUCUGCGAGAAUCGACCGGCUGGCAAGAUUUAUGAGCACCUGGCCGGGACUUGCGUGAGCGGCAGACGAGCCAAAGAUAUGGAGGAGCUGAUGGCUCUGACGCCUCCCUCCCCUUUUAGAGACUCGUCUUUGAGCUCCGACGGCAGCUCACCCCCCACCCUGUCCCCGGGCUCGGAGGCUGAAUAUGACCACCUGCUGCUGAGACACUACAGCCAGAGCUCCUCCUCCCUUUAAACCUGCUCUAUUUACAUUUUUUCCUCCAUUUAUUAUCUUUUUGGAGUAUUUUGAACUCCAUAAGACAGAGAUUCAGACUGGACCAAACGCUUUGAUGCCUUUCUAUAUGUGGAUAUUAUGAAUGUUUAAGCAGUUUUUGAAAAAAAAAAAACAUAUGUAAAUGAAACUGAAUGCGCCCACACAUGCCCUCACUGACAGGGCUGAGAUAAGAAUACCAAUAAGAGGAUUUGUUAUGCGAGUGGCAGGAUUGCAAAUACUAAAUGCUGACAUAAAGCUGAGCACUGUCACUGCUUUUGUCAUCAGCUGAGUGGAAACUGAAACACUCAGACGGGCAUUUUACAGACAUUCUAAUGCGUUUCUGACACAUUUCAAACUCAGUUUCAAAUUCCAAAGAAAACACAGAUAAGCUCAGAAGAAAACUGAUUUCCAAAACACUACAUUUUUAUGUCAUGAUAAAAUCAUUAUUAAUCAAAAGUGAAAAAAUUUACCAAAUCAUUUUUGUUCAGUGUUUCUUUGGAUUUGCCAACAUAGUAGAAGAAUCUCAAUAUUGCAUUCAAUUCUAUGGGAUCUAGUGCAGGUAUUAGAAACCAGUAAUUUCAGUCGUAUAUUUUUCAUUAUCUAUUAUCAUAAACAUAGAGGUCAUAACUUGUUUUGUAUUGCCUGCUGUUGACUUUCUGUACAUGAGGUGAUGUUUUUGUUACUGACAAACUGCCCUUUCGUGUAAUAUUUUGAGACUCAGCUGGAUGCGGAUUUUAUCAGCGUAGAAGCAUUCGUCCAGAAGAAAACAGCUCAGAGAAGUUUGCCUGAAAUCAAAAGGUCAGACAUGACACAUUUUUCUCGCCCUCAGAUUUUGUUGUCAGCUCUGGCAUGAGAGAGCAUUUUGUAUCCUGAUGGUGAAGGAAAACAGAUGCUGCAAAUCAGGAAUCAGGUUUUUUUUUCUGUGCGGGGGAGUUCUCACUGACCUUCCUUUUUCUCAGAAAAAGCACGUUGUGAUAAUGAAACUCCUCCUAUCCUGCGAGGACAGGGACUCUUUACUUCUCAAGGGAAUGUAAGACAUUGUCUCAGUGGACACAUUCAUCAGGUGUCUAACCCACAAAGAGCUUAUGGACUACUUGGAUGUCUUCUUUAGGACUCUUUUAUCUCGGUGUCACUAAGUUGAAUGUACGAUAAGUUAUCAUUUGUAGUGGACCAAAAUUAUCUUCCACCUCAGGAUGUGUCUGAACCAAAAUACCUUCUUGACUUCAAUUCUUAUCCGCUGAAUGACAAAUAUCACGUGUUGGCUCAAAAUGUAAAGUUUGCAUGAUGUCAAGAUUCGUUUGCACUUUCUAAGUUCUGUUUGUAUAGAAUUACUUUUUAAUAUCGUACUGUCAAACUACUAUAAUUCAUAGAUACAGUAGCAAAGUAAUAAUACUAUUAGUGAUAUUGUUUCUUGGUUAGUUUUAGGACGAGAGACGCAACCUGAAAGUCUGCCAUAUUUUUUAGACGUCGAUUGCGAAACAGCUUGUUUCCUGCCUUGCUUUUUUACCUACAUAUGUGCCAAUGUCUCCCUGCAGUAAAUUACAUUGUGUUUCUAUAAACUGGGUCACAUUGAGAGUCUUACUGCAAGCCUAUUUAGAUUUCUUAUGCCUGAACAUUUUGAUUCAAUAGAUGCUGUUUUUUAUUCAUUUUUGUAUCUGCAUUUUGGCCUCUCCAGGGAUGUAGAUGAAUGAUAGUAUGGAUUCACAGGAUUGCAGCUUUUUCAGCUUCAACUAAAAUGCAUCUGAUGAUAUGCUUGUGGUAGCUCAUCUUUUUUCUUUUUUGAGUCUGGCUUCACUCCCUCCUUUCUCUGUUAUGUUUACACAGGCAGGAAUGUGUUUGUUUUGUUUUGAAAUGUACAGUAUUUUUUUUUUUUUUUUUUUUACAAAUUUUCAAUGUAAAAAUCAUCAUGGAGAUUUAUCAUAUUUGCAUGCAGGCUUGUGGCAACUCUGAUUUUGUAGGUGCAUAUUAUGCUUUAUGCCAGUAACUCACUAAUAUAACUUAGCGAAUGUUUGUCUUUAUAUCUUCAUCUUCUUUUUCAAAUAGACUGAAUUUACAACUUGUGCUGCAUUAAAAGUUUCCAUGCGAAAUUCAAUACACGA